AUGAAGCUGAGCGGCGUUCCGAACUGGGAGCACUGGCUGGCCUGGACUUCGAACUCUAUGAUCCCUCUGACCAUUUCCGUCGUGGGGGUGGCAAUUAUUUUGAGAUGCGUUGGGUCUCAAAGCAUGUUUUGGGGCUGUGACGUGUUCCUUCUCAUCAUUCUGCUCGAAAGCUUCGUCCUCGCCUCAACGACAUUCUGCUUCUUCAUUUCGACGUUUUUCACGAAACCCACGUUGGGAACCAGUAUCGGGUUAAUUAUUUAUUUUGUGACUGCCUCGGUGACUAUAGUUCUUGGGACUGGGGCGUAUGAUUUUUUAUCCCUGAGUGAGAAGUUCGCAUUGUGCCUGUUGCCGAAUUUCGGGCUGGCAAUGGGCUUCUUGAUCAUUGGAAAUUUUGAAGAUGGGGAGAAAGGUAUCACGUGGGGAGAUCUUUACAAGCGGGCUUACCCCCAGGAAACAAUGACCUUGGGAUAUGUGAUCCUAGCUUUGCUUAUCACUGCCCUUUUUUACCUCGUGUUGGCCAUAUACCUGGAAAACAUUAUGCGAACCGAAUAUGGCGUGAGGAGACCGUGGUACUAUCCCGUUUCGGACUUGUAUCAAAAGUAUCGGAAGAAGAGUACGAAAGUUAGUUCAGAGGUUGUGGAGUCUGACCUGGAUUCUCUCGAGAAACCGGGUUUCGAAAAAGAGCCCGACACACUUAAAGCCGGGGUCGUGAUAUCGAACUUGAAGAAAUCUUUUGGGCGGAUGAAUGCCGUUGAUGGAGUGUCCAUGUCCAUGUAUGAGGAUGAAAUCUUCGUACUCCUGGGUCACAAUGGGGCUGGGAAGACGACUGCGAUUGCUUGUUGCACUGGUGUCAUGAGUCCGACAAGUGGGAGCGUGAUCAUUAACGGGGUCGAUAUCGUUAAAAAUCCGGACGCAGUCAGGUCACAGGUAGGUCUAUGCCCGCAGCACAACUUACUCUUUGACGACCUUACGGUCGAUCAACAUUUGUCAUUCUUUGGGCGGUUGAAAGGAAUGAGUUCAUCGGAUGCCAAAUUGGAACGUGUUCAAAUGUUGAACAGCCUCCGUCUCACAGACAAGGCCAAUUCUUUGUCAAAAAAUUUAUCCGGUGGACAAAAACGAAAAUUGUGUCUAGGAAUUGCCUUGAUAGGAAAUGCAAAGGUUAUCUUUCUCGAUGAGCCCACAAGCGGAUUAGAUGUCGAAGCAAGGCGAGCCAUUUGGGACGCUUUACUGGCUGAGCGACGCAAUCGAACGAUUAUUUUGACUACUCACUUUUUGGAGGAGGCAGAUGUGCUUGGCGACAGGAUUGCCAUCAUGGCUCACGGCAAAGUCCAGUGCUCCGGAAGUUCUAUGUUCCUAAAAAAAUAUUAUGGGGCGGGAUACACACUCCACCUCACAAUGACUACGAAUAGCGGAGAUAGCGUUUUAGCCAUCGUGCAGGGCCACGUUUCCACUGCGACAUUAGAAGAAAGGAAAAACGCAAGCGAAUUGAGUAUCAUUUUGCCCACUGAGGACUGCCCGACGUCCCUCUUUCCUAAAAUAUUCAAAGUUUUGCAAGAUAAGCAACAAAGCCUUGGAAUUAUUUCAAUGGGCAUGUCGCUUACUACAAUGGAUGACGUUUUCAUCAAAGUCGACGAAGCUUUGUCCGCAGAUAACAAGUCGGCCCCAACACCAGCGGUACUUAAUUCUGCCGUACCUCCGGCUGCAAGUGAGAGUCAUAGCGUGAAUGUGGGGUCAACACCUCCAUCGAUAGCACCAGCAGGAUCGGAGGAUACGGUCGCUGAACUGCCGGAAGUAAACCCGGAAGACCGUAGCAAGAACAUUAUCAAGCCCCGUCGACGCGGGGUGACAUUAUGGUGUCAGCAGUUUGCUGCUUUAGUUUGUAAACGAUUCUCGUACAUGUGUAGAAAAUGGAAAUCGACGACGAUGCAGAUCCUGCUCCCCGUGCUCAUCUUUUCCCUCUGCAUCCAAGGAGGAACUCGUAUGAUUGUUGCGUUAUUGAACAGGGAGGAUGCUCCAAGUGCGCAAAAAAUCGGAUUUCACCUAUACAACGACAGCAUUAUAACGCUUUAUCACGACGUCGGAAAGACGCUCGACGAAACUAAAUGGUCUCACAUAAUUGGCCCUUCUGCCAAACCCUACACUGGAAAUGCACCCUUUGCCGAUGAACUCGGACGAAUUAUUGCCCACGAUUCGGCCAAAGCAAAGCAUAUUUUCGCUCUGGAGCUCAAUCAGACAAAUAUCACAGCCUAUUAUCAGACAGGAGCUGACACAAAAUACAAUAACGAGGACGCUCUCGCCCUCAAUUUGGCGUCCAACGUCCUCCUCGCUCUCACAAUGGAUCGACCAAAAAAGGAAGCAACGCCACGUCUUGAGCUCACGACGCAUCCGUUCUCGCGCCUGCGCAAUCUCGGCGUGAUGGAGAGGCUGACGGACGCACUCGAAACCUUUUCACUUUCAGGGUUACUGUGCUUCCUAGGUCCGCUCGGAAUGGCCAUAUUCGCUGCAAUGUUUAUCAUUCCACUAAACAGCUUCAAAUGA